ACUCUCUCUACUUCUGAAGUUACUCUGCUCCUCUACCUUUCUCACUUCCAACUAUUCGUACCCUGCUCUCUUUACUGCUGCUGUCUGUUACCAAGAGUUGUCUUAAUAACAUGGCGCUGGUAGCAAACCCAUUGGUGUUUCCGAUCACCUCAGGUGAAAUCAGUUAUGUGUCUGGACAGGUCCAACUGCAGAGCCCGGGAUUUCAGACUGGACAUGGAACUGGAAGCGAAACCCGUUCGAGGAGAUCGAACAGAUCAUCCAGCGACGAAGCCCCAGUCCGAAGUUGGGACGGGUUUCUUGAAGAAGACCUCCGUGCUGGGGGACCAGACCUACCGGAUCUUCCUUGUGAAAAGCUACCGAUCCCCGACACUCACUCUCAAUACGAACGCUUGACAGGUUCAGCUCGCGUGCGUCUGUGCGAGGAUAUCUUGAAGAUUUGCCGACAGUACGACCUGGAUAUCCUGGAGGUUGAUUUCUGUGGUCGUCGCUGCACUUUCAUGCCAACGAAGAUCCCGAACUUGACCGUUCUUCUGUUGACCCGCAGGAAACCCCACUCGGCGGGAGAAUGGAUCAAGGCUGCACGUGCAGUUCGAGGCCUGCUGCACCAAAAGGGCAUAGAGAAUAUCAAUGUCGAGAUCAUUGAUCGCGCGCUUCUUCGGCCCCUCCAGCUGAGCCCAUGCACUCCCAAAGAUGACAUUUACUCCAAGUGGAGUGUCGUACGCGAUGAGAUAAUCCACGCAAUCCGGCUCAAAGAUAUCCGAUACAUCAGCUGUUGUAGGGCUGGAUGUUCAGAAAAUAUCGAUGAUUGCCCGGUCACGGUUCUAUUGGGAGUCAAUCCAAAGAUCCAGGAGUGGAAAGUAACCCGUGAGAGGGUUGUUACGAUCCUGGAUAAGCACGCACUAACCGGUGUUGGAGUCCUUAUCCGCAAGGACUCCAUCACCCGUAGUGUCGAGUCAUAUGAGGGCCCAGCCAUGGAAAACUUCUUGGAGGGUGCCCCGGCUAAUAUGGGAUUUAGCCUGGCCCCAGGAAGGAUGCAGGCCUCACGUGGAACCUUGGGGGGCUGGGUUGAGCUCCAGAACCCUAGAUCCGGCCAGUGGAUCCCUUUCGCUCUGACAUGCACACACUGUGUGCUCCCCGUGGGUCGACACAAGUCCGUGGAAGAAGAGAAGGUUCUUCACACUUGGGAGAAACAAGGAGUGCCGUUCGGUGACUCAACGGCGGGCAAAAUGCUCACCGUUGACAGCCCGAGCAGGGACGAAAUCACGACACUCCUUGACGCGUGGAAGGGACAGAUACAGAGCUUGGAGGAUGAUCCGCUUUACAAACGGGUGCAGGCUGCCCACGAGAAAGAGGACUUUGUGAUCCCUCGCGACCAGGCCCAGUGGGAAAGCAACAGGAGAGUCCUGGAUAUCCUGAAACCCAAACGCGAUGGUGUCAAGCUGUUCUUCCAGAAGCAGGGGUAUCUGUUGGGGAGCGUUAUGGCGGCAUCGGGUUUGGUGGAGAGACCCCUUGCCAGCGUUCUGCGAAUGGACCCAAAGGCCUCUCCAUCAACUCUUGACUGGGCCCUCGUUCGGGUGAGAGAAAACCGUCAUCCCGGUGAGAACACGAUACCACCCGACGCGAAGCAGAAAUUUCAGGUCGUCUUCGAUAAGCUGACUGGGUUCAAACACGGGGGGGAUAUCAAAGCCAACAGUGUGCUCAUGAAAGUCGGGCAUGCAAGCGGGGCCACCGCAGGUUUCUACAACAAGUUGCUCACUGCAAUGAUCGCCACUAGGAUUGUUGAUGGAAAGGAGACCCCCAUGGUCACCCAUGAACACUCCAUUUACCCGUCGGUCACAAAAGGAAAGAGGAGCGUCAUUGAACACGGUGACUCGGGAUCGUUUGUGUUCGACCACAGCGGAGCUGUGGUUGGGAUGGCCUGGGGGGGCAACGCAUAUGAGGACACCGGCUAUUUCACGGAGAUCUCCGACCUCAUUGAAGACAUAAAGAACCAGACGGGAAUCAGGGAAAUCCGACUCCUAGGUGGAAGCUACUGAUGUUAUCACUCUUGACAAACCCUACGACCUCUACGCAGUACGAGGAAAAAGGCAGGGAGAAACGAAUGAUCGAGGCUCUGACUGUCCUUGCUUGAUGCAGCGCCGUUAGCUGAAAAAAGUUUAAAUUGGUCUUUUUUUUUCUUUUCGUGCUCUUCUGAUGCUCUUAUGUUUUCUGUUCUGUUACUCAACUAUUAUUCAGUUGUUUUCUUGUGUUCUGCUGAGGGCGGGAUCUGAAUAUCUUAGAAUAAAAAAAAAAUUAAU